AGUUGUGGAAAACUGUAGAAUUGUGUAACAAAUGUUCCUUACUUAUCCGUUUCCUGUGUUGUUCUGCAGACUACCCGUGGAGGUGGAACACUCCAGUGCUGAUUAACUCAGCUCUCAUCAAAUGGAUCCAUCUGCCAGACUUCUACACCGUGCCCAACUCCAAAAACCUUAUAGCGGACUUUGUGCUGCUGGUCUGUGCGUCUCAGCAGUGGAAGGUGUUUGAGUGUGAGACCACGGAGGACUGGAUGGUUCUGGCCGGAGAGAACACCGACGACCCCGACCCCAUGGAGGGGCGACUGUUCAACCCCGCCCCCAACUUCAUCAACUGCAGGAGUUACCUGGACAUGGCAAAGGUGUUGGUGUUCCGCCACCUCUUAUGGUUCGUGCUGUCUGUGGUGUUCAUAACCGGGGCGACCAGGAUCUCUGUGUUCGGGCUGGGCUACCUGCUGGCCUGCUUCUUCUUCCUGCUGUUCGGGUCCCGGCUGCUGGUGAAGUCCUCCAGGACCCGCCUCGCCCUGUGGGACUGUCUCAUCAUGUACAACGUGGCCGUCAUCAUUUCUAAAAACAUGCUAUCAGUAAGUAUACUGCUCAUCAUGUCUUAUCACGUUUGGCAUGUGUUCAGCUCCUGGAGAUGCUGAACACAUGUAUGGCACAAAAAACCAUCCCUCCUGUCUGGAGAAAGGCCAAAGUGGUUGCAAUCCCCAAACCCAGCAAAGACCCAUCAACCCCAAAGAGCUACCGACCCAUUUCCCUCCUCUGCAUCACUUACAAACUCCAACGCCUCAUGCCACUCAUAGACACCAAGCUGACUAGGGAUGGGUAUCGUUAAGGUUUUAACGGUACUACUACUUUUAUC